AUGUCUGACAGGAAGAAGAAACACGAGAAGAAAGACAAGAAGAGGCAGCAUUCUUCGUCCUCCAGUCCCGCUUCCCACGCGUCAUCUCACAGACAUGAUGACCACUCAGCUGGACAUCGCCAUCAUUCGAAGAAAAAAGUCAGCAGCUCCUCUCAAAAUCCCAGCCAAACCGCUGAGAAGUACGUUCAGUCCUCGUCUGGGAAGGCUACCAAGCAUUCUGGAGAACACAGCCACUCGUCGACCAGUAAAGGUCGCAGCUCUUCUGGGCAACCUGCCCAGUCCUCAUCUGUCACAGUCAGGCACUUCCCUCAGAAUCCCAGCCACCACUCCGGAACACAUGGGUAUUCCUCGUCUGUCCCAAGCAGCCACUUGGCUGGAGAUUUCAACCAGUCCGCAUCUGGCCAUCCUUCAUCUGGCCAAAAUAAGCAGUCUUCGACUGACAAGGAUGUGCCCAAGCAUUUCACCGGCAAUAUGAUGGAGAAUCUAGCAGAGCUCCAUAAUACGAGCUUCGGGGCCAUGCACACCAUUCCUGGCAAUUGGAACGAAAACAACGAUGAUCCCUUAUCAAAUAUAAACCUUGCGACUCCAUCUCCGUGUUACUCAAAAUCCAGUGGGAGAAGCUCGUCGUCUGCCAGUUCAAUCUCGGAGACUAGACUGCCCCAAAGCAUCAUGAAUCCAUCGGUGCGCGAAAAUAUUGGCUCUGAGACUAUGACCAACGUGCCAAGCAAUUGCGUCCUCACAACUUUCUCAAAUGGCGACUCGUGUGUCAGUUUCACCACAGCACGAAGCAAGCAGCGAGCGGCUACAAAAGACACUAUCCAGGUAUCAAUCAAGGAUCUGCGGAGCGAACAGAUCCCGCAGUAG